GUCCCUCCCAGCACGGUCGGGCGGGGUGGUUCGUAGGCUCCGCCACACGCGGAGGCGCAAAGAGCCCGAGUUCAGUCCCGGGCAAACUCCGAGGCCGCCUCCCGCGUGUGCCCGGAGCCCUCGUGGCGGAGGCGUCGGGACGUGGACCUGGCCAGCGGGCGGCAGCGUCUGAAGACCCUGUCGGCUAAGGAUGGGGAACCAUGCAGCGAAGCGAGAGUUAAGUGCAGAGAAGGGAAAUAAGGAUAGUGAAGGCUACAGAGGAGAAUCUGAAAAAAAGAAAAGGCUGCGUGACCUUUCCCAGGAAGCCUCAGAGGACAGUGACGUGUUUGGAGAGGCAGAUGUGGAGCAGAACAAUGGGACCCCCUUGCAGGACACAGCGGUGACAGACUCCAAGUGCACAGCGAACCCAAAGAAUGCCUGGCCGGACGCCAACCCAGCUGACCCCGGGGGCCGCCCCCACUUGAUCCGCCUCUUUUCCCGAGAUGCCCCAGGGAGGGAGGACAACACCUUCAAAGACAGGCCCUCAGAGUCAGACGAGCUGCAGACCAUCCAAGAAGACAGUGCAGCUGCUCCCGAGGGCCUGGAUGUGAUGGCGUCACAGAAGAGACCCUCCCAGAGGCACGGAUCAAAGUACCUGGCCUCCGCGAGCACCAUGGACCACGCCAGGCACGGCUUCCUCCCCAGGCACAGAGACACUGGCAUCCUCGACUCCCUCGGCCGCUUCUUUGGCACUGACAGGGGUGCACCCAAGCGGGGCUCGGGCAAGGUCCCGUGGCUCAAGCAGAGCAGGAGCCCUCUGCCCCCUCAUGCCCGCAGCCGGCCAGGGCUGUGCAACAUGUAUCAGGAUGGACACCACGCGGCCAGGACCACCCACUACGGCUCCCUGCCCCAGAAGGCACAGCACGGCCGGUCCCAGGAUGAAAACCCUGUAGUGCAUUUCUUCAAGAACAUCGUGACGCCUCGCACACCUCCCCCAUCGCAAGGGAAGGGGCGAGGACUGUCCCUCAGCAGAUUUAGCUGGGGCGCCGAGGGCCAGAAGCCGGGAUUCGGCUACGGAGGCAGAGCUCCUGACUACAAACCGGCUCACAAGGGACUCAAGGGGGCCCAGGACGCCCAGGGCACACUUUCCAAAAUCUUCAAGCUGGGAGGACGGGACAGCCGCUCCGGGUCCCCCAUGGCCAGACGUUGACGCUCCUUCCUCUCAGGAUCCUUCCCGGCUUCUAACACGUUAACCGCGUAGAUUCCCUAGUAUAGCGCGUGCCCCUAACGCCUGGUGACGACGCCCAGCGGGCUCCACUCGGAGGAAACGCUCCACCGUCGCCCUACCUCGGAGACAGUGACAUCCCCUCCCUGCUCGCCCUCAUCCUGAGAUGGCUUCGGUGGGGACAUUGCUGUGGGAACAUUGCCGGGGGACACUGCUGUGGGUUGGCCCGUGCAGGGCAUAGAGAUGGUGUGGCUCCGAGCUUCCUUUGGUUUCUUUCGUGCCUCCUCCCUCUCACCCGCUAAAGUGUUUAAUCUUCCUAACAGGGUCGGGCCGUCGGAGAGGCUUGGCGGCGGGAGCUUUGGUAUGUGACAUGUGGGCGGGCAGCGGGAGAGGCCGCGGUGGCCGUGGCUCACCACCCCCAGCUCAGCCGAGAGGGGAUGCGGGGGCAGACUCGGGCCCAGUGGGGCUGCGGACAGGAAACAGGGUCUUCUUGGAAAUUGGGCCGGCAGAGCGGGCCCCAGGGCAGCCUCCUCGACGCCCUGUGUCCUGAGGGCCCUGCCGGGAGUGUGGGGAGAUGGCUCAACUCAGAACGGAUGGCAGGGGUUUGGCUCAGCCUCGCGGUGGCAUGGUGGUCACCGCGAGCGCAAAGGUAACAGGUGGCGUGCUCAGCGGUGGUGCUCACGGCAAAUACUAACCUUUGGUGGAAAGAUAACUGUCCUUUCCGCUUGCCUCCUAGAAAUCCCCUGACCAAUACACUCACCUUCCUGGGCCGCUGCCGGCCCGGUGGGCGACCCGGCCACGUGAGGACAGGAGAGUCCCUCUGAAAUCACACUUUUUCCUAAUGUGGGCUGACACUUUGCAGCUCCCCCUCCUUAACCUACUGAUGCCCGCCUUUUGAUUUUAGCGUCUCUUUCUUUUCUAAACCUCCAAGAGCCCUACACUGGCGUCACCCACCCCCAGAACAAAGAUGAGAAAUAGCCAACAUAAUACCCGAGCGUAUCUCUUUAAUCCCGGUCUAAUUCUGAAGGUUUCACGUGGGUUUAAUAUAACGUCUAUUAAUGUAGAGCCUCAAUGAUGAGAGGGUAAGAAAUAAGAGAAAUACAUUUUCAGAAACAAACCCUCUGAAUUGCUUGACACACACUUUGCAUCGUGGAGCAGAUCGCUGAUGGAGUGAUCUCUCACGCUGCCCCCAAACAGCCAGAGCUGUGCGGAUGGGCCUGGCGGAAAUACGCCCUGUUCUUGAAGUUGAAAUAAAAUAAACACUGUUAAUGGUA